GCCAACCAGCGGAGGCGUUAUUGGCUUUGUUACAAGAUUGAGGCGUACAAGUUCUGAGUGCGGUGUCGGUUUUGUUUAUGUAUUUUACUUUAUUAAAAUCACAAGCUUAAAACAAACCGGAUUUAAGGAUGAAGGUGGUGAAUCUGAAGCAGGCAAUCCUGCAGGCCUGGAAGGAGCGCUGGAGUGACUAUCAGUGGGCCAUCAACAUCAAGAAGAACUUCCCCAAGGGAGCCACCUGGGACACCCUCAACCUGGCAGAAGCCCUUCUGGAGCAGGCGAUGAUCGGCCCCUCGCCCAACCCCCUGAUCCUCUCAUACCUGAAGUAUGCAAUCAGCUCGCAGAUGGUCUCUUAUGCCAGUGUUUUGACUGCUAUUAGUAAGUUUGAUGAUUUUUCCCGGGAGUUGUGUGUGAAAUCGCUUCUGGAAAUCAUGGAUAUGUUCUCCCACCAGCUCAGCUGCCACGGGAAAGCAGAGGAGUGCAUCUCGCUGUGCCGUGCCCUGCUGGCAGUGGCGGCGUGGCUCCUCCGUGCGGCAGCUUUCUACUCAGAGCCCGGAGCUGGAGAGCCACAGCUCAGAGUGUGUGUGGAGAGGCUGGAGAGACUGCUGCAUAGCCCCAAGAACAGAGCCCUAGUACACAUAGGCAGACUGGAGGAGCCAGCCUCCUGGGCCAAUGUGGAGCAGGCAGUGAUCCGAGUCAGCGAGAACCUCAAUAACCUGACCAAUCAGACGCUGAGGAGCAAGCUGGAGGAGUGCGUCUCAUUGGUCAAGAGUAUCCCGGCCAUGCUGUCCCUGCAGGCGGACCCCCCCUCCCGCACGCUCUUCCCCUCGGUGCACGCACUGGUCAUGCUGGAGGGGACGAUGAACCUGACCGGGGAGACGCAGCCGCUGGUGGAGCAGCUCAUGAUGGUGAAGAGGAUGCAGCGGAUCCCCUCCCCUCUCUUCAUCCUCGAGAUCUGGAAGGCCUGCUUCACCGGGCUCAUCGAGUCUCCCGAAGGCACAGAGGAGCUCAAGUGGACCGCCUUCACAUUCCUCAAGAUUCCCCAGGUGCUGCUCAGGCUGAAGAAAUACCCACAGGGAGAGCAGGACUUCACGGAGGAUGUGAACAUUGCCUUUGAGUACCUGCUCAAACUGACCCCACUGCUCGACAAGGCUGACCAGAGAUGCAACUGUGACUGUAUCAGUCUGUUACUGCAGGAGUGCAGCAAGCUGGGGCUGCUGUCUGAGUCCAACACUGCCAACCUGAUCAGCAAGAGGGAGCACUCCCCCCGGCUGAAGACGUCUGAGAACGCAAACAUCCAGCCGAACCCGGGUCUGAUCCUGAGAGCCGAGCCCACCGUCACCAACAUCCUCAAGACGGUCGAUGCAGACCACUCCAAAUCACCCGAGGGGCUGCUGGGAGUACUGGGUCACAUGCUUUCGGGGAAGAGCCUGGAUCUGCUAUUGGCUGCAGCAGCAGCCACGGGGAAACUGAAGUCUUUCGCCAGGAAGUUCAUCAAGUUGAAUGAGUUUCCCAAGCACAUCACUGGAGAGAGCUCUAAGUCUGCCUCUGUGCGGGCUCUACUCUUCGAUAUCUCCUUCCUCAUGCUGUGCCACGUAGUCCAGACCUAUGGCUCAGAGGUGAUCCUGUCAGACCCCAGCCCCUCUGGCGAGACCCCCUUCUUCGAGACCUGGCUGCAGACCUGCAUGCCGGAGGAGGGGAAGAUCUUGAACCCGGAUCACCCCUGCUUCAGACCCGACCCGAGCAAAGUGGAGAGCCUGGUGACACUGCUGAACAACACCUCUGAGAUCAAACUGGUGCAGAUGAAGUGGCACGAGGUUUGCCUGACCACGCCUGCAGCAAUCUUGGAGAUCCUCAACGCCUGGGAGAACGGAGUGCUGACUGUCGAGAGCGUGCAGAAGAUCACCGAUAAUAUCAAGGGGAAGGUGUGCAGCAUGGCGAUCUGUGCCGUGGCCUGGCUCGUGGCUCACGUCCGCAUGCUGGGAUUGGACGAGAGGGAGAAGCCGCAGCUCAUGAUUCGCCAGCUCAUGACUCCGCUCUACGGGGAGAACACCCUGCAGUUCUACAACGAGAGGGUUGUUAUAAUGAGCUCGAUCCUGGAGCACAUGUGUGCCGAUGUGUUCCAACAGACCGGAACCUCCAUCAAGCUGCCCAUGGAGGGGCUGGACCCGGUGCCCUACCGCAACCUGCUCCCGGUCCGCGAGCCCAUCCGGGAGGGCCUGAGCGGUCAGUUCAGCAGGGUGCUGCACAAGGGCUGGGUGGACAGCCAGGCCCUGCACCUGCUGGAGAGCCUGCUGCACAUGGGCGGCGUGUACUGGUUCACUAAUAACCUGCUCAAGGAGCUGCUGAAGGAGACUCGUCAGCAGUACACGGUGCGUGCGGUGGAGCUGCUGUACAGCAUCUUCUCUCUGGACAUGCAGCAGAUCACGCUGUCCCUGCUGGGACAUAUCCUGCCCGCCCUGCUCACAGACUCCUCGCACUGGCACUGCCUGGCAGACCCGCCCGGCCGCGCCCUCGCCAAGCUGUCUGUGUGGUGUGCUCUGAGCUCCUUCUCCUCCCACAACAAGAGUCAAGCGUCGGCACGGCAACGCAAGAGACAGCGAGAAGACAUUGAGGACUACAACACUCUGUUCCCAUUGGACGACACCCAGCCCUCCAAGCUGAUGCGGCUGCUGAGCUCCAAUGAGGAGGAGUCUGUGAACCUGUCCAGCCCUGGUGAUCGCUCGAUGAGCAGCUCCCUGUCUGCCUCUCAGCUGCACACCGUCAACAUGAGGGACCCUCUGAACAGAGUGCUGGCAAACCUGUUCCUGCUGGUGUCCUCGAUCCUGGGUUCAAAGACAGCCGGGCCGCACACGCAGUUUGUGCAGAGCUUCAUGGAGGAGUGUGUAGAGUGUCUGGAGCAGGGCAGCCGCGGCAGCAUCCUGCAGUUCAUGCCUUUCACCAUGGUGUCUGAACUGGUCAAGCUUCCCGCACUGGCCAAACCCCGAGUGGUGCUGGCCAUCACUGACCUGAGCCUGCCACUGGGGCGCAGAGUGGCAGCCAAAUCCAUCGCAGCACUGUGAGGAGAUUAGAUUCCCCAACACGCCCUUUCAGCUACUUUGAAACACUUUUUAUUAGUAACUUGUACAGUCUGUUUAUACCUGUAGACAAAAAUAAAAAUCACAAAGAAAAA